CCGUCGGGCGUCGACAUAGAAGGACACAGGGGGCGACCCGACGCCGGCUUCAGCUUCUCCCAGUAGUCCCGGCGGGCCCUGAAGCAUAAACGCUGAGGGGAGUCAUGUCUGCUCGCAUGUUGAAGCUGCUCACAGUGCACCUGCGCUCCAGGAGGCCUUUCUGUCCACUUCCCCUGCUUCAGCCUUCGCGGACGUUCGGCUGCACGGCGAGAAAACGAGAUGAGCAAAGUGACCCGUCUUCCGCAUUGGGCAAGCGAUGGAAGGAGACGGCCGAGACGGUGGUCAUCGGAGGGGGCUGCGUGGGCACCAGCGUGGCCUACCACCUGGCCAAAAGCGGCAUGAAGGACGUGGUGCUGCUGGAGAAGUCCGAACUGACCGCCGGAUCCACUUGGCACGCGGCUGGAUUGACCACCUAUUACCAUCCAGGCAUCAACCUCAAGAAAGUCCACUAUGACAGCAUUAAACUGUACGAGCGGCUGGAAGCCGAGACCGGACAGGCGGUGGGCUUCCACCAGCCGGGCAGCGUCCGCAUCGCGUCGACGGCCGCCCGUGUGGACGAGAUGAGGUACCAGAUGACCCGCACCCACUGGCACGUGACGGAGCAGUACAUGAUUGGGCCCGAGAAGGUCCAGGAGCUCUUCCCUCUGCUCAACAUGGACAAGGUCUUGGCUGGUCUGUACACGCCGGGAGACGGCCACAUCGACCCUUACUCUUUGACCAUGGCGCUGGCUGCGGGCGCUCGCAUGUACGGCGCUCAGAUCUACAACCCGGCCCCGGUCACGGGCCUCGUACCCACGGCCGACGGCAAAUGGGAUGUACAGACGCCUCACGGAACCAUCCGGGCCAACCGAGUCGUCAAUGCCACAGGUUUCUGGGCCCGCGAGGUGGGAAAGUUGAUUGGUUUUGAGCAUCCGACCAUUCCGGUGCAUCACCAGUACGUGGUGACCGCGACCGUGCCAGAGGUCAAGGCCCUGAAGAAGGAGCUGGCCGUCAUCCGAGACCUGGAGGGCUCGUACUACCUGCGGCAGGAAAGGGACGGCCUUCUCUUUGGGCCCUAUGAAAAGAUGGAGAAGAUGGUCCUGCAAGACUCUUGGGUUCGAGACGGCGUACCCCCGGGUUUCGGCAAGGAGCUGUUUGAGUCGGACCUGGACCGGAUCAUGGAGCACGUGGAAAUGGCCAUGGAGAUGGUCCCCGUGCUAAAGAAGGCCGACAUCAUCAAUAUCGUGUCCGGCCCGAUCACGUACACCCCCGACCUACUGCCCAUGCUCGGACCGCAUCAAGGAGUUCGCAACUACUGGACGGCCAUCGGAUUCGGGUAUGGAGUGAUCCACGCUGGCGGGGUUGGGAAAUUCCUGAGCGACUGGAUUAGAAACGGCGAGCCUCCGUACGACCUGAUCGAAUGUGACCCCAACCGCUACGGAAGCUGGGUCGACGUACCGUUCCUGUGCGCCAAAGCCCGGGAAUCCUACGGCUUCAAUAACGUGGUCGGCUACCCCAAGGAGGAGCGCUUUGCGGGGCGGCCGACCUACCGCAGGAGCGGCGUUUAUGAUCUUCUCAAGGACAAAUCAUCCAUGGGCUUCCAUGCCGGCUGGGAGCAGCCUCACUGGUUUUACAAACCGGGAGACGACACCGGAUACAAGCCCAGCUUCAGGCGCACCAACUGGUUCGAACCCGUCGGCAGAGAGUGCAAGCUCGUGAUGGAGAAGGUGGGCGUGAUAGACCUGAGCCCUUUUGGCAAAUUCAUCGUGAAAGGCAAGGACUCUCACAAGUUGCUGGACCGCUUGUUCGCUAACACCAUGCCCAAGGUGGGCCAGACCAACAUCAGCCACAUGUUGACGCCCGCCGGGAGAGUCUACGCUGAAGUCACCGUUACCCAGGUGGCGCCGGGAGAGUUUUUGCUCAUCACCGGUUCAGGAUCGGAGCUCCACGACCUCAGGUGGAUCGAGACAGAGGCGGCUGUCGGCAGCUACGACGUUGACAUCACCAACGUGACGGAAGCAAUCGGCGUGCUGGGGGUGGCCGGACCCAACUCCCGCAAGGUCCUUCAAAAGCUCACCCAGGAGGACAUGAGCCAUUCAGCGUUUAAAUUUCUCCAGUGCAAGUCGAUCCAGUUGGCCGGUGUUGUGCUUCGAGCCAUCAGGAUCUCCUACACGGGCGAACUGGGAUGGGAGCUGUACAUCGACCAGAGGGACAUGGCGGCAGUUUAUCAGGCCAUCAUGGAUGCGGGAAGAGAGGACGGCAUCGACAACUUCGGCACCUAUGCCAUGGCCUCCCUCAGGCUGGAGAAGGGCUUCAGAGGCUGGGGAGCCGAGAUGAACUGUGACACCAACCCUCUGGAGGCGGGCUUAGAUUACUUCAUCAAACUCAACAAGGCCGCCGACUUCAUCGGCAAGGCGGCGCUUCAGGAGAUAAAAGCCAAGGGCCUGAAGAGGAAAUUGUCAUACCUUGCAGUGGAGACGCAGGACGUUGACCCCGAGGGCAACGAGACGGUGUGGCUCGACGGAAAGGUGGUGGGCAACACCACAUCGGGGGCCUACAGCUACAGCGCCCACCACAGCCUGGCGUUUGCCUAUCUGCCCGUGGAGCUGUCCUCGGUCGGCCACAAGGUGGAGGUGGAGCUGCUGGGGAGGAAGUACCCGGCCGCCGUCAUCCAGGAGCCCUUGGUGCUCACCGAGCCCACGCGGACCCGCCUGCACAACAAAGCCACGAGCAAAGCAUGACAACAUCGCCGCAUGCCGGCAAGGGAUCACGUGACGUGGACACAAAGAAGUUUGCUUUCUCGAUUUAGGACAAACUUGAAACGCAAUGUCAUUUUCUAAUUCCAUGGUUUACAUUUUGUUUGGUACAAUCAGAGAAAUAAUGCCAUUGCCAUUUUAGUGAGUGACAGAAUUAACAUUUGUACAGUUUUUAUAAUCAAUGUAUUUUUUUAAUGAUAUGCAAUAAAUAGACUGUACGCUAUUACCUUGAGAAAUAAAGUAUAUAGAAUUCGCUAUUGUCUGAAUAUCA